GCUGGCACGCAACACACUUCCCCAGGGUUGUGUUUCCUUUUUCCUGAGAUUUGGCGAAGGGUAAAGGGUCGGAGUCACAUGGAUACAAAGCAUUUGAUUAAUGUCCAAGUCACCGCUGUGACUGCCAGAGCCGCCUCCCCUCCAGCCGGGGCCGUGUGAGGCCGGAGCGCCGGGGCCAGGCGCGCAGGUCCCUGGCCUGAGCCCCAUCUCCCGGGAGUUUCCUCCGCAGCGCCCCGCGCCUCCCACGCAGGAGUUCUAGCGAGUGCCCCGGCUUGUCCCCGCGCCCCAGCCGAAUCCUCUACCCAGCAUGUAAAGUCGCCCGUCCCUCUUUGGACUUUGCGGAGCCAUCAACUUUCCUUUCCCACCGCGUGGACCAGACAGCGCGCAGCACUGCCGCCAGCCGGGGGUCCCACCGACCACCAUGAACGACGAGAGCCGCGCGGACGGCCGCGCGGAGAGCGCCAAGGACCUGGAGAAGCAGCUUCGACUGCGCGUGUGUGUGCUCAGCGAGCUCCAGAAGACCGAGCGGGACUACGUGGGAACCCUGGAGUUCCUGGUGUCGGCAUUCUUACACCGAAUGAACCAGUGGGCAGCAUCAAAAGUUGACAAAAAUGUCACAGAGGAAACAGUGAAGAUACUGUUCUCAAACAUUGAAGAUAUCCUUGCAGUACAUAAGGAAUUCUUACAAGUUGUGGAAGAAUGCUUACAUCCUGAACCUAGUGCUCAGCAAGAAGUGGGAACCUGCUUUCUUCACUUUAAAGACAAGUUCCGUAUCUAUGACGAAUAUUGCAGUAACCAUGAAAAGGCACAAAAAUUGCUUCUUGAACUUAACAAAAUUAGAACCAUCCGGACAUUCCUUUUGAACUGCAUGCUGCUCGGAGGACGGAAGAACACAGAUGUCCCCCUGGAGGGGUACUUAGUGACGCCAAUACAAAGAAUAUGCAAGUACCCUCUUCUUUUAAAGGAGUUGCUGAAGCGGACUCCAAGGAAACACAGUGACUAUGCAGCGGUGAUGGAAGCCCUCCAAGCCAUGAAAGCCGUCUGUUCCAACAUAAACGAGGCCAAGAGACAGAUGGAGAAGUUAGAAGUUUUAGAGGAAUGGCAGUCUCACAUAGAAGGCUGGGAGGGGUCCAACAUCACCGACACCUGCACUGAAAUGCUCAUGUGUGGAGUCCUGCUGAAGAUUUCUUCUGGGAAUAUUCAAGAGCGGGUGUUUUUCCUUUUCGACAAUCUUUUGGUGUAUUGCAAAAGAAAACACAGACGGUUGAAGAACAGCAAGACAUCUACAGAUGGACAUCGAUACCUUUUUCGUGGCCGGAUCAAUACCGAGGUGAUGGAGGUGGAGAAUGUGGACGAUGGCACAGCUGACUUCCAUAGCAGUGGACACAUUGUGGUUAAUGGAUGGAAGAUACAUAACACAGCAAAAAACAAGUGGUUUGUGUGUAUGGCAAAAACACCUGAAGAGAAACAUGAAUGGUUAGAAGCUAUUUUAAAAGAAAGAGAGAGACGAAAAAGUUUAAAAUUAGGAAUGGAACAAGACACCUGGGUAAUGAUUUCUGAACAGGGUGAGAAACUUUAUAAAAUGAUGUGCAAACAAGGAAAUCUGAUCAAAGACAGAAAAAGAAAACUGACUACGUUCCCUAAAUGCUUUCUUGGAAGUGAAUUUGUGUCGUGGCUGUUGGAAAUUGGAGAGAUCCACAGGCCUGAAGAAGGUGUUCACUUGGGGCAAGCAUUAUUAGAAAAUGGAAUUAUACAUCAUGUUACUGAUAAACAUCAAUUCAAACCAGAACAGAUGUUAUAUAGGUUUCGUUAUGAUGAUGGAACAUUUUAUCCAAGAAAUGAGAUGCAGGACGUGAUUUCAAAGGGUGUACGAUUAUAUUGCCGUCUUCAUAGUUUAUUUACUCCAGUGAUAAGAGAUAAAGAUUACCAUUUAAGGACCUACAAAUCUGUAGUCAUGGCCAACAAACUGAUAGACUGGUUAAUUGCUCAGGGGGAUUGCCGUACCAGAGAAGAGGCAAUGAUAUUUGGCGUUGGACUCUGUGAUAACGGAUUUAUGCACCAUGUCCUUGAAAAAAGUGAAUUCAAAGAUGAACCUCUACUUUUCCGUUUUUUUGCGGAUGAGGAAAUGGAAGGGUCCAAUAUGAAACAUCGACUUAUGAAACAUGAUUUAAAAGUUGUGGAAAAUGUUAUAGCUAAAUCACUAUUGAUUAAAUCCAAUGAAGGCAGCUAUGGUUUUGGGUUAGAAGACAAAAAUAAAGUUCCAAUAAUUAAGUUGGUAGAAAAGGGGUCUAAUGCUGAGAUGGCUGGCAUGGAAGUUGGGAAAAAAAUUUUUGCUAUUAAUGGUGACCUAGUUUUUAUGAGACCUUUCAAUGAAGUGGACUGCUUCCUGAAAUCAUGCUUAAACAGCAGAAAGCCUCUAAGAGUUCUUGUGAGCACAAAGCCAAGGGAGACAGUGAAAAUCCCAGAUUCAGCUGAGGGGCUUGGAUUCCAGAUCCGGGGAUAUGGCCCGUCCGUUGUGCACGCGGUAGGAAGAGGAACUGUGGCCGCAGCAGCCGGUCUUCACCCUGGACAGUGCAUUAUCAAAGUCAACGGGAUCAAUGUCAGCAAAGAGACUCAUGCCAGUGUCAUCGCACAUGUCACAGCCUGCAGGAAGUACAGGAGGCCAAUGAAGCAAGAUUCCAUACAAUGGGUUUAUAACAGCCUUGAGAGUGCUCAAGAAGACCUUCAAAAAUCUAACUCCAAAUCUCCUGGAGAUGAAGCAGGCGAUGCUUUUGACUGCAAAGUGGAAGAAGUAAUUGACAAGUUCAACACCAUGGCCAUCAUCGAUGGGAAGAAGGAGCACGUGAGUCUGACGGUGGAUAAUGUGCACCUGGAGUACGGGGUCGUGUAUGAGUACGACAGCACCGCUGGGAUCAAGUGCAAUGUGGUGGAGAAGAUGAUUGAGCCCAAGGGUUUCUUCAGCCUCACUGCUAAGAUUCUUGAAGCCCUGGCUAAAAGUGAUGAACAUUUUGUACAAAACUGCACCAGCCUUAACUCUUUAACUGAAGUGAUUCCUGCUGACCUUCAGAGUAAAUUCAGUGCCAUUUGCAGUGAAAAAGUUGAGCACAUAUGUCAGAGAAUAUCCAGUUACAAAAAGUUUUCUCGUGUACUAAAGAACAGAGCUUGGCCCACCUUUAAACAAGCCAAAUCUAAAAUAUCUCCACUGCACAGCAGUGAUUUCUGCCCUACCAACUGCCAUGUCAAUGUGAUGGAAGUUUCUUAUCCCAAAACAUCGACCUCCCUGGGGAGUGCUUUUGGUGUUCAGUUGGAUAAUAGGAAGCACAAUGCUCAUGAUAAAGAAAACAAGUCUGAGCAAGGGAAGCUGAACCCUAUGGUGUACAUUCAGCACACCAUCACAACCAUGGCGGCCCCCUCAGGCUUGUCUCUGUCACAGCAGGAUGGGCACGGACUCCGGUAUUUGUUAAAAGAAGAAGACUUAGAAACCCAAGAUAUCUAUCAGAAACUGCUGGGCAAACUUCAGACUGCACUGAAAGAGGUGGAGAUGUGUGUGUGUCAAAUAGAUGACCUUCUGUCUUCGAUAAUGUAUUCCCCUAAAUUAGAACGUAAGACGUCUGAAAGCAUAGCACCGCCAGACAGUGACAACGAGAAGGGGGAAAGGAACAGCAAGCGAGUCUGUUUCAAUGUGGCAGGAGAUGAGCAGGAAGAUUCAGGCCAUGACACCAUCAGCAACAGAGACUCGUACAGCGACUGCAACAGCAACAGGAAUUCCAUCGCCUCCUUCACAAGCAUUUGCAGCAGCCAGUGCAGCUCGUAUUUUCACAGCGAUGACAUGGAUUCAGGUGAUGAACUUCCACUAAGUGUUCGCAUUUCUCACGAAAAACAGGACAAGAUACAUAGUUGCCUUGAGCAUCUUUUCAGCCAGGUGGAUUCAAUUACCAAUCUUCUUAAAGGGCGAGCUGUGGUCAGAGCCUUUGAGCAAACCAAGCACCUUACUCCAGGCCGAGGAUUACAGGAAUUUCAGCAGGAAAUGGAACCAAAGCUGAGUUGUCCAAAAAGAUUAAGGCUUCACAUCAAGCAGGAUCCUUGGAAUCUUCCCAGCAGCGUCCGGAAUCUUGCUCAGAACCUCAGAAAAUUUGUUGAAGAAGUGAAGUGUAGAAUACUUCUGGCACUUCUUGAAUAUUCAGACAGUGAGCCACAGCUCCGAAGAGACGUGGUUUUCUGCCAGAGUCUCGUGGCCACCGUCUGUGCCUUCUCCGAGCAGCUCAUGGCGGCCUUGAACCAGAUGUUCGACAACAGCAGAGAGCACGAGAUGGAGACGUGGGAAGCCAGCAGGCGGUGGCUGGAGCAGAUCGCUAAUGCGGGCGUUCUUUUCCACUUCCAGUCACUUCUGUCACCAAACUUGACAGAUGAACAGGCCAUGCUAGAAGAUACACUGGUUGCACUAUUUGAUUUGGAAAAGGUCUCUUUCUACUUUAAACCAUCAGAAGAGGAACCACUGGUUGCAAACGUCCCUCUUACAUAUCAAGUGGAAGGAAGCCGGCAAGCUCUGAAGGUUUACUUCUACAUCGAUGGUUAUCAUUUCGAACAACUGCCACAACGGCUGAAGAAUGGAGGAGGGUUCAAAAUUCACCCCGUGCUUUUUGCUCAAGCACUGGAGAGCAUGGAAGGAUAUUAUUAUAAAGACAAUGUUUCAGUGGAAGAAUUUCAAGCUCAAAUAAAUGCAGCCUCAUUGGAAAAGGUCAAACAAUACAACCAGAAGCUCAGAGCAUUCUACUUGGACAAGUCAAAUUCACCACCCAACUCCACAUCCAAGGCUGCCUACAUUGAUAAGCUCAUGAGGCCUCUCAAUGCCUUGGAUGAACUUUAUCGCCUGGUAGCUUCGUUUAUCAGGUCCAAGCGCACAGCCACCUGUGCAAACACAGCGUGCAGCGCCUCGGGCGUGGGGCUGCUGUCGGUGUCAUCAGAGCUGUGCAGCAGGCUGGGGGCGUGCCACGUCAUCAUGUGCAACAGCGGCGUGCACCGGUGCACCCUGAGUGUGACAGUGGAGCAGGCCAUCAUUCUGGCCAGAAGCCACGGACUGCCUCCUCGCUACAUUAUGCAGGCUACAGACGUGAUGCGGAAGCAGGGAGCAAGAGUUCAGAACACUGCAAAGAAUCUGGGAGUCAGAGACAGAACCCCGCAGUCCGCACCCAGGCUGUACAAGCUGUGCGAGCCGCCUCCCCCCGUUGGAGAGGAAUGAAGAGAACCUCGAGGAACCAGGCGAGCAGAAGCUUCUGAACACUGGACUAAACAAAGGACUGGCGGGCUAAACAUUCUCCACGCUAUAAGAAAAAAGAACUUUUUCUCUAAAUCUUUCACCAUGGUGUAAAUAACAAAUGAUCAGCCUGUACUUAGAUACUUCUGCUGAAAAUGGAUAGACCUUCAUUCACAACCUGGUCUCUCUCUGUAUUGACAUGUACUACUCAUUUUAGGGUAAAAUCUAUCCCUGGAAAUUAGGGAAAAAUACCAGAGAAAAAAUUUAUUAUCGUGCCUCUUCUACCAUUUAUUGAAAUUAUGUUAUUGCAUUUGGUUUUGUCUUCUCCCAGUAGGACCCGUAAUAAUGGAUCUUUCCAUUUAAGGAAGCUCGUCCCUGAAGAAACGUGGCCGCAUUUUCUCAGACAUACAGAAACAUUACAGAAGCCACAGCUGGUAUCCUCGGUUCUCAGUUCCUCUGUAUCAGAGAAAGUGGUUUCUGUGUCAAAGGCAAAGAACUUGCUUUCUUCUCUGGAAGAGUGUUUUUGUCAGUAGAGGAGAAGAGAGUGAUUGAGUCCUCUGGCAAGACCCUCUUCCUGCUGCUUCCAGGUUCCUUUGUGCUCCUGGAAGGUCCCAGGGGUCCCUGCUGUCUGCUGGUCUUUGAAGUGGGUGUGGCUGUCUUAGGCCACAUGGGCAGGUGCUGUGUCAGGUGUGGCAGGGGGUGGGAAGAGGCAGGGACUGGGGAGGUGGGAUGGAAGAUGAGGGUAAAGGAGGGAAAAAAAUGAGUUCAUUUUUAAACAGUCACUUUUAAAAAGUCAACCUUUAACUUAAAAAAUAUACUUUCUAAAACUCUUAAUUUUAUUAAGGCUUUCUUAUAUGAUGUCAGACUCUUAACAGAAUACACCAUGCUCAGAAUUUUUCUAUCAUGGUGUAUGUGUAAGGUAUGAAAAUAAAGCUUCAUUUGUUGCAUUUUAGAAGGACUAUUAGAGACCUUGGUAAUCCAUGGGAGCACAAGGCAUAUUCUAUGCAUAGUGUUUAUCAUUUCUACAUUGAUAAAAUAACAUUGUUCUUACCAUAGUGAAUACAGUAAUACUGAGCUCAAAUCCAUAAUUUUCAAAAUAUUAAAAUGUCCAUAUUGUGACUGUUAUAAUUUUAUGAACUCAGACUAAUUUAGUAUGUGAAAUGCUUCUCAUAACUAAAGUAUAUACAAACCAUUAUUAAAUUUUAAUUUAUAAAAUUUGUUUAUGGUUUUCAAGCUAUCAUUAAAAACCUUCAUGACUAGCAGUUGUGUAUUGAAUAACAAAAAUACUGAGUUUACAUAUGUAUGAGAUAUUUAUAUACUGGUCAAGGUAAUAAUUAUUGUUAUUUGGCACAAAAGAUCUUAAUACUUUUGCAAUAAGUUCAUAUGUUUAAUAAAAAAUAAAGAAACUAACAUCAGAGUUUUCAAAGAAAAAGUUGAAUACUUUGAUUGUAUUAAUCAGAUGAUUUUAACUUAAAUAUCUAUAUUAAGCAUAUCUUUUACUUUUAGGGACUUUACAUUCUCAAUACUAUCAGCAAGUAAUCCUAAAGUUCCAUGAUAUUAGUAAAUUGUGAUUUUCCCAUACUGAAAAUUUGAUUAUAUUCCAUAUAAUCAAGAGUUGAUGAGUGAGCAAAACUGAUUAACUAGCAGGUACUUUUCAUAUUGUCAUUUGUGUUUUCUAACCAUGAUCCUGGAAGUAGUAAUCUCUCAGAGGGAUGAAGGGGUCAUUUGAACAUUUUGGUGACACUUGCUAUGUUCCAGGGGGCAAAUUAUCUGCUAUGGUGAUAUGUAUACAUUAGGAUGUUUUUAAAGACCUACACUUUUUGUAAUAUAAUGUUUUUACUAUUAUUUUAAGGGUUAAACAUAGUAUAAGAAUUGCAUCUACUUUAAUAAGUGCUUGGCAUUUGUUAAAUGCUCCAAAGUUAGUAAUGGCUUAUAUUAUCAUUAGUCACUGUCAUGUUUUGUUAUAAUAAACAUUGUAGAAAACAGUUAAGUUUUAACACUAUGUGCCAAGCAAAACAUCCCAAUGCUUUACCUGCACUUUGUUGUUACUGCUUCACUCAUCCCCAUAAUGACGACCUGAGGUGGUACUCUCUUCAUAACCCCCUCUACACAGUUGAGGAACUGGAGCAGACAAUGGUCCAGUGACUGGCCCAAGACUAUGAGACUGUCAAGUGGUAGAACCAGGAUUUGAACCCAGGAAGUCUGCUUCUUAUUACCAUCAGAACUGUUGUAAUGUUACCAAUUACUUGUUACUACAGUAAGAGUUACAUGAAAUGUGUUGCCAUUAAAUUAUACAUCUUA